GAAAAACACGAGAGGAAAACUGACGUGUCCUAAUAAUCAACAACGUGGCAACGCGACAGUACGUCCUCGCAUAUUCGCGCUUCGUUUCCUGAAUCGGGUGAUAUUUUUUUUCCCUCGUCGCGUGGCCAGCGUCGCGAUGUCAAAGAGGUUAGAAAAAUAGAGAAGAGGAGAAAUCCAGUCACGAAUUUCGGCGUUUGAUCGUCGACAACCAGAAGCGAAGGUUAUGUCCGAUGACAGUAGGUGAUGACACUUGAACUGGCAUAAAUCACUCGUCUUUAUAUUCUCAUCGUCAUCGUCGAGAAUCCAGAGCGGACUUGACUUGAAACGAUAUGCGGUGACGAGCGGUGGAUUUUUGACUUGACACCGGAUGAUCCUGAACGAUCGGUGGGGAUAACCUUGAACGUCAACGCGAGUAAACGUGGCGCGAGUUGAAUAUUGCUGGCUGAUCCAGGACGAAAGGUGAAGAACGAAGAAAAGAAUGAAGAGAAAAUCGGACAGGGAAAACAGCGUCGUCGAAGACGGCGUCGUCGACGCGAAUAAUACUCAGGAACCCUCCGAUCUGCGAGGUGACGAGAAGAACAUCGCGAUCCUGUUCUUCUUGUACCUGCUCCAGGGCAUCCCCUUGGGAUUAUGCGGUUCGAUUCCCAUGCUGUUGCAGAAUAGAGGGGUUUCUUAUCGACAACAGGCGGAAUUUAGUUUCGUACAAUGGCCAUUCUCGUUGAAGCUCUUUUGGGCGCCGAUAGUAGAUUCCAUAUUCUCCCAAAAAUUUGGACGAAGGAAAACAUGGUUGAUUCCUAUCCAGUACCUAAUGGGUAUGUUUAUGCUCCUUCUGUCGAAUUACGUCGACUACUGGCUAGGCAAGGAACAUGAGAAGCCUAAUAUCGAAAUGCUGACCGCAUUAUUCUUCUCAUUGAACGUACUUGCCGCGACACAGGACAUUGUAGUUGAUGGAUGGGCGCUCACGAUGCUUAAAAGGUGUAACGUCGGAUAUGCGUCCACUUGUAAUAGCGUUGGCCAAACGGCUGGUUACUUCAUCGGUUACGUGUUGUUUAUUUCGCUGGAAUCCGCCGAAUUUUGCAACAGCUACCUAAGAUCAGUCCCUUCUGACGUGGGCAUGCUAACUCUACCUGGAUUUCUGUAUUUCUGGGGCUGGACGUUUAUCGUUACGACGACAUUUAUCGCGUUAUUCAAACAUGAAAAUAAGGGGAGACUGUCGAAAGGCGAAGAGCUAAACAGGGAUAUUAAACACGCGUACAAGCUAUUGUGGGACAUAGUUAAAUUACCAGCCAUAAAGACCACGAUCAUAUUCCUCCUGACUGCAAAGAUCGGAUUUUCGGCAUGUGACGCUGUGACGAGCUUAAAGCUCAUAGAAGCCGGAAUCCCCAAGGAAAAGUUCGCUUUUAUGGCUGUGCCGAUGAUACCACUGCAAAUAAUUUUGCCAUUAGUUAUCUCGAAAUAUACUGCUGGGCCCAGACCUAUGGACGUUUAUGUGAAAGCUAUGCCUUACAGGCUGGCUUUCGGCUUAAUAGCGGCUACUUUGGUGUGGAUUACGCCGUUCGUGGUAAUAAAUGGAUAUGUUCCAGCUUAUUAUUUCGUCGUAUUGAUAGGUCUCUACUUCAUACAUCAGAUUUGCGUAAGUAGUAUGUUCGUGGCGUCGAUGGCUUUCUUUGCGAAGGUCAGUGAUCCGGCUGUUGGUGGCACUUACAUGACACUGCUCAAUACUUUAUGCAAUCUCGGUGGGAAUUGGCCGGCUACGGCCGCGCUUUGGUUCGUCGAUCCUUUAACGUUUAGACGAUGCAGUACCGAUUAUGCAAACGAUUGCAGCACAAUUACGGAGAGAGAGCUCUGUGCGAAUACCGAUAACGGCGUUUGCGUCAUGCAGCUCGACGGUUAUUACAUAGAAAGCAUCAUCUGCUUAAUCAUAGGCUUCUCCUGGCUUAGGUGGGGUCGUAGAAAAAUUAAUAUAUUGCAAGCGAAACCGAUGUCAGUUUGGAAAAUCGUAUUUACUCGUAACAGGUAACAUAUCGGCUCAGUGUUAUAGAGUUGUUUAAUAUUGGGACCUGUAAAAUGGUUAGAAAAUUCUCUACGACGAGUUGACGCUAUAUAAAGCAUGUCCACCGGAUCGAGAAUUCAGCUGGAAAAGUACAUUAAAAAUACUUUGAGAGUUUUACGUUCACAAAAGGUAAAGUGGAUGACGUCCAGUCAAAAACCGCAUCGAUCUAACAACUUUGUGGACACUGUAUAUGAGACAUAUAAUAUACAGUGUCAUAUAAUAUAUUAUAUAAGCCAUGCGCAUGCAUCAUUUCCUGCACGUUUACCAGUGUUCCAGUUUUAUGAAUGUGCAUGAAGUGAAUCGAUAUAAUAAUUCGCCUCGGAAAACAAUAUA